AUGUCGAAAUCCCGCAGUUAGUCUUCGAUUCCAGCAUUUUUAUAGAAAACUUAUGAUAUUUUAGAAAAUCCUCAAUUACAGGAUAUUGUAGGGUGGAAUGAGGAUGGUUCAGGUUUUUUGGUGAAGAACGUAAUAGCCUUUUAGGAUCAAGUGUUGCCAAUGUAUUUUAAGCACAGGAAUUUUGCAUCUUUUGUUAGAUAGAUGAACAUGUAUGGGUUUCAUAAAUCAAGAAGUGAUUAGAAGGAGAAUGAGUUUAUUCACCCUCAUUUUAAGAAGGAUCAACGAAAUCUGUUGAAGAAGAUAAAGAGAAAAUCAGGAGAACAAGGUGAUGAUUAGUUUGCCAUAAUGGAAUUGAAACCUCAUCGAAACCAAAACAUAUCAGAUAAAUAGAUCCAGUAGAUAAUUACCAAAUAGUAAGAGUUAGAAAAGGUGUGCAAAAUUCUGAUUGAAUAAAAUAAUAAAAUAUUGCAGUGCAACUAAUAAUUAAGAAAUCAAUUGGUUCAAGAGAGAUUCAAUGGGAAUAAAAAGUUCCAGAAGUUGAAGGAUUACUUUUUGGGCUAGUAAUAAAUAUAGGAUGAUUGUUUACAAAAACAAGCUCUUGAGGAUCUAAUUUAAUCAGACAAUGAGGAGCUAUUGCUUCCUAGUUAGAAAAAGGUCAAGGGAGAGGAUUCUGACAGUACCAUUGACAAGAUGGAACAAUUAUAUGACCCACAACCUUUGAUGCUAACUAACUCUUUAGUUGAUAAUGAUGGUAUGAUUCAAUUGAUCGAUGGUCCUCAAUUCAACGAUAUCUGCUUCGAUUGAGCUAUAAUUAAAAUGCAAUUAUGUUAGAAACUAAUAUUUUUU